AUGCUGUGGGACAACUUUGAUCUGGUCAACGGUCCCGGCAGGAGCCAGUGGGGAUUCAUGGGAUCGGAUGUGGAUGCUUUUCUCAUGCUACACUCGGCAGUCGAGCUUCGAUUCGCCUCUGAGAUUUCGCAACGUGGCGUCGGGUUCAGGAGCAGCAGAAAAGGGAGGCUCGGCCAGCUGCACUGCUCUGCACCCGCUACAGUGGCUGCUGCACUCCGCGUUGCAGGACGCGUCUUUUUGGAGUUGUCUGAGGAGAGUCUCGUCUCUGCACCGCUCAGUCUCCCCUUGAUCGCAACCACCAUCACAGUGACCCUUGCGAACCAUUCAGCGAGCCUGGGCAAUUUUACCUUUGGUCACGCGAUACCGCUUCGCACCCUCUCCGAGCGAGUCGGAACUCCCAACGAUUGGCUCGCAAGCUCAGAGUGUCACUUCGGCUCUCGCCCGCCUCUGCUUCCAAGUCGCCUGGCCGGACCAAUCGUUCUGGCCUCACUGGGGCGCCGCAUCGUUUCGUCUUCGCAACUGCCAGGGCUUUAG